AUGGCUUUUAAAUUUUCACCCCAUUUUAACACGUGGGUCCCCAACCAAACACUCCCCUCACUGUACGCGGUCCCUCUCAAGUUAGAUGAAUUUGGUUCCGCACGACUGUGUGGUGCCUUCACUCUUCCCUCGAGAAUCCAUCACCCACCACCACUGACACCUCCCUCGCUGACAUCCACGGCCAUAUCAGUCCACAUUUAUCCACCCCUACAUCGCGCCACCCGAGUUGCGCGCUCCGAGAUUACCAUUCCGACCCUUCGACGCGUCCGCAUCGCGUCGGGUUGUUGCUCGCACACUCAUCCAUCCUUCCUCCAAGUAGCACACUCUUGGGAAGGACGACGCGCGCAACCUCUUUUCGAACACCGAGACUGCUCUGCAACCCUUGGCGCUGCACUUGGUGUGAGAUCCCCCGAACCUCGCGACCUUGUAACCACCGCGUACCUCCGAUUCGUCUCGUGA